AUGACCAACCUCCUCACACUCGACGUUUCCAGCAACCAGUUCACAGGGCGACUGCCUGCGCCCCCAUCGCCCAAUCUGCAGUUUUACUACGCCCACCGCAACUACUUCACGCACGGCACUGUCGUGCCGCCCAAGUCCAACCGCACCUUCUACUCCAACGUCUUUCAGAACUGCCUGCUCAAUGCGUCCAUGGUGGCUGGGAACUACGAGCGCCAGAGGAGUGCAGAGGAGUGUGCUGCGUUCUGUGGGGUUGCUGCUGGGGACGCCCGGCCCCUGUGCAGCGGGCAUGGCGUGUGCUCCUUCAAUGCGUCUGUGCAGGAAUCAGCGUGCACGUGCGAUAGCAACUUUGACAACCAGGCAGGACCCCACUCCUGCUCCUACAGCGUCCUCCCUUCAACCGAGUCGUCACAGUCAACGCCGGUGUCUCUGGCUGCUGCAGCGACACAGCUAUUCAACGGCACUCUCAUCCUCACACCAUCAGCCGCCAACACAUCAGGAGCAGCCGUUCUGCAGAAGCCCAUCCGCCUCUUCCACUUCAUCGACAGCCCUGGCCCGUGCGGCACGCCCUUUGCCUUCAACGUUUCCUUGAGCUUUGCCAUGAAGGCUGUGACACCAGGAGGCCAGGGCAUGGCGGGAGAAGGCCUGGCGUUUGUUGUGAGUGCGGUCGCACCCCAGGGGGCUGCUACAGGGGGGUUGGGGCUGGGAGGGGUGGGGAGGCGGAGUGUGGCGGUGGAGUUUGACUCGGUGCUGAGUGUGAAGCACAGCGACCCCAACGACAACCACGUGGGCGUCAAUGUGGGCGGCUCACCUGUGUCCCUCGCCUCUGCCACGGCCCCUCUCAUCCUCAACGACGCCCACACCAAGCACGCCUGGAUCCACUACGACCCCACCAGCGGCGGCACCCUCCGACUCUUCCUCUCCCCCGAACCCCAGCAGCCCCUCACCCCCACCCUCCGUGCUCGAGUGUCGCUCUGCUCCAUCCUGCAGCCUACUGCUGUGGAGACCAACUUCUUUUUCAGCUUCGUAGCAUCAAAUACGGAGGCCGCCCAAGAAAACAGCGUCUUGAAGUGGGAAAUCGUGACAGACCUGGCGUUGGGGUUUGUGUUGGACGAGGACUCCUUCUCAUCGCAGGGCUUCAACGCCGCCUUCCACUACGCCAGUGCGGGCUUCGACCCCGCGCAGGACAACAGCCCCGCCUGGACUGUCAAAUCCUUCAGCACCUGGGUCCUGCCUGAAUCCACCUGGCCUGUCAAGAACCAAAAGGGAUGUGCGGACUCAUGGGCAUAUGCAGUGGUGGCAGCGGUGGAGGCAGCCCACAGCAUCGCGGGCAGCUGGGCGCAGCCCCCCGUGCUGUCGGUGGAGCAUCUGCGCCUCGCCCUCUCCUCCAACUGCGACGGUGGCUCGCCCACCAAGGCGCUGCAGUUCCUCCUCAACGCCACCACCCACGGCAACGGGCUGCUCGAGGACGCCGUGUACUCGCAGGGGCUCCCCCUCAAGGGGAGAUCACUGGUGAGCAGCCCAAAGUACUAUGGCAUCCGGGGCAUGGAGCGCACGGGGUUCUACGGGUGGUUUGGGCUCAUGCUGGCUGUGCAGCGGCAGCCUGUCAUUGUGCACAUCGAGGCGUCCGCACCCUCCUUCCAAGACUACGAUGGGAGCGACAAAUACGCUGAUAAGGAGUGUUUCACGGACCAUCUGAACCAUGCAGUGCUGGUGGUGGGCUAUCUGCUCUCUGGCGUCGACCCUGCUAAGCCCACCCUGCCGCCGCCCUUCUGGAUCAUCCGCAACUCAUGGGGCACAGGGUGGGGCGACCAGGGCCACAUGCGCAUGGACAUUCGCAGUGGCGACGGCAUCUGCGGCAUCAACACUCUCCCGGGCCUCUUCCCCGUCGUCAGAAGCAGUGCAGACCCGUGUGGGUCGCGGUCGUUCAAGGACUCUGUCACGGGUUCUGCAUUCAACCCAUGUGGGCAGUACCCAUGCACCAAGAAGGGCACCAGCAAUCGCUGCACGUGCUCUGAUGCCCACUUCACUCAAGUCAACAACACUGAUGGGUCGUACACCUGUGCCUAUGUGGACGUGUGUGGGUCCAGCAGUCACAACCCGUGUGUGGUGGGCACGUGUGUGAACGAUGGCAAGGGCAGCUACUCCUGUGUGUGUCCAUGGGGCUUCAUUCAAGGCACCAUGAUCGGUGGAGGCAUCUCCUGCACUCCUGGUCAGGCACAGGGCAAGUACAAAGUGCUGGCUGACAACAUCUUGUGCUCGCACAUCACAGCUGCCUUUAACCUGUCUCUCACCGAGUUUCUGCUGCUCAACAAGGGCGUGUCAUGUGCCAAGCCCCUGCGCAUCAACAGCGAGGUGUAUGUGAUCCCCAGGAUCCGUGACUGCAGUGUCUUCUACACCACCAACGCAGGCGACACGUGCACGGGGGUGGCACGGCAGGUGGAGCUGUGUGGGGCGGCGGCGUCGGAUGCGGAGUGUGAGGCGGCAUUUCAGGCGCUCAACCCCGCUGUCAACUGCUCCUCCCUCAGCCCCUCCCAGGCCGUCUGCCUGGAGAGGGACCCCUCCAAGGCCAACCGCAUUCCGGUGUGUGACGAGUACCACCGGCCGCGGGCAGACGACACGUGUGACAGCAUCAGGAGCACGGCCGUCCCUCCUCUCGGCCCCAUGGAGCUGUAUCGCCUCAACCCGGGCAUCAAGUGCAACCAGCCCAUUCCGGCAAAUAACUUUGAGUUUAUGAGGCCCCUUGAACGGGAGGUCCCGAUAUGCACCAGGAGUUCCAGUUCCUUUGCAAUUGGAACAUGUCCAACGGACAACGAGUAUUUCUUCAGGCCAACCGACACCUGCCAAAGCGUCCAAGUCACACAGUUCCAGUCCAUCAAGGGGUGCUAUAGGAAGAUCAAUGGGUAUGAAUGUGUUGAUAGAAUGACGCCUGGCACAAAAGUGUGCCUACCGAACUACGAUGGUGCUCGAAUCGGAGAUUGUUAUCACUAG